AUGGACUUCGAAAGAGAAGCAGCCAAAGGGUGGAAUCUCCCUGGCUACGGCCCACCGUCAGGUACUCAGGCGAAACAAGUCUUACUUCCCAAACCAGCUAUGCCGCGAGUUUGGAACAAGACACAAGAUGUGCCCGAAGUGGUCGCUACGACGAAGGGGAAAUCACAGGAUAUUCUUGAGCAGGGUGAUUCGAGAGUUCAACAAAUUCAAAAUGGGACCCGACCACGGCAAUCUUCAAAUACGAUUCAUCCUCCGGCCCCGAUAAACCGUGGAUGCUCGGCCAUAUCAAGACACAUCAAAAAGCCCCCGCUAGAGAGCCCUCGUCAAAGUGGGAAGCCAAAAGACGCUCGUACUAGAUUUUCCAGUGCAUUAUCUGGAUCAACUCAAAGAUGCAAUCUCCCGGCGAAAGAGGAGACCAUCACCUUCAUUCGGGGCCAACGCAUUCCCGACUCGGUGAUAGCGCGACGGAAGGAACCCCCGCCCGAAGAGGUGAUUUGCAAGCUCAUGUUCCACUGGCAUGUGCAAGACAGCCUGACUAUGAAAGGUUGCUUUGGUGCGGAUCUCCAAGAGCUGGACCAUCUACGAAAGACCUGGCGGGUCCAUAUCUACAUCCAGCACGAUCUCGAAAAUUAUCUCUGUGUGGCCAGCCAUGAAGAAUUUAAUCGGAGGGAAAUGCUUCGAACUCUGCGCGAACUCUAUGCGCAGAAGCACGCCAUCUACAAGCUGCAGAUCAACGCAUACAUGAUCGAACCCCCACUGGCAACCGAACCCGGAGCUUUGGUCAUCAUGUCAAAGCCCAAUGGAAUCGCCCAUCCUACCCUUCAGAGAGAUCAGAUCCUUAAAUUUCAACCCACGGCUCCACUCGGUGUGCAAAACGAGCCACCUAGUCACAUGGUCGCAACUAAAGGGAAAGAUUCUGCGGUCAUCCACAGCAAUCUCGAUCGAUGUAUGCGCCUGAUCAAAUACAUCGAUGGCCAAUUUUUAAUCCGAUCCAGCAAGGCGGAAGACCAGUAUCUAAUUCAGGUUUCUAGUCUAAACCUCAGCCAGGUCAACCUCCUCGCACGGUGUAUCGAGGCCCAGGAUAUACUGCUUCCCAUCGUCGGCUCAGCGAAAGGUCCCAUAACCCCCGACACAAUGAGGACCAUUCAUUCCGCCAGCUUUGAAUUUGCUCAAUCCGAGAAGUCAGCAACUACUUUUCGCUUGGAGGUCAAGUUCAAUCAGGACCAGGGUGCAAUUGAGUCCGGCUCGGCACAAUUUCGCUGGUUCAAAAUACCGGCAGAGACUACUAGUACACAUAAAGCUACACUCCAGCUUGGUAUGAUCGAUUUCCACAGGUCUGACUGGGAAAUUGGACUAGAUUUCUUCCAAUCAAUUGCCAAAGAGGACCUCAGUGAAGCUCAGAUUGCAUUUGCAAAUAAUGUGAAGCUUGAUCCAUACCGUGGGGCAGCACCGAUCACCUCACCACCGAGACGAAAGAUUAUGUUUUCCGAUACUGCGUUGAUUUCAAAAUUGAUUCAAAAAACUGCAAUCCAGUUCAGAGUCAAAGGCACGGAGUAUGUGCUGGAGCUGGCAAGAUUCGAGGAAUCUCGCUAUUCCUCGGUUGGUCGUAUUCGAUGGACCCCGCCAAACGUACAAUGGGGUGCUCGCCUAUUAUCUCCAAGAUGGAAUGGCCUGAUUGAACAGAACAGAAGACAGCAACAACUAGGGGUUGAGACCCUCUUCCCGACUGUGACUGCCUUUGAGGAUUUCUUAAAAAUCCUCAAGACAAUCUCCGGAAUUCUCGGGGUCGACAAUGAAGGAGAGGGGGGAGUUCUUGAGUCCGAAUUAGGCACGCUGUUCUGA